GGGGAGAGGGGAGAGGGGAGAGGGGGAGAUGGGGUGGGGUCCAUGGCUAAUAUCUUAACCUUUGCGGGUACAUUUUACUCUUAUCAUAUCGGAUCGAUGCCGCGGAUCCUUCACCGUGUGCUGAAUUCUCUCUCUAGUCUUUUCUCUCUCUUCCUCGCUUCACUCGGGGAUGCGAACACACAAAACCGCAUGCCCAUCUUCGCUUUCUACAUCAUUCACUCAAUCAUUCGUUCAUUCAUCUCCUCCUCCUCCUCCUCUAGACUGCAUCUCCUCCUCCUCCUCUUCCUGCUUCCACCUCCCUCCUCGUAAAACUUCACUUCCCCUUCUCACGACAACAACGACAACUACGACUUCUCUUUCUCUGUCUGCAUAGCGCACUCCGUCCUUAUCCCCCUCCUCCUCCUCCUCCUCACUCCCACAACGAGAACGACGACGACUACUGCUCUCGCUCGCAGAGCCAGCCAGCCAGCAAGCGUGCGUCGUCCAUACUUCCCUCUCUCUGUCUUCUGUCCUCGACCUUGCGUCUGCCAUCACCAUCACCAUCGUGUCUGUCGGUCGCAAAAAAUUUCUCGAGAACUCAGAGAGAGAGAGAGAGAGAGCGAGCGCAGAGCUGCUCCAUAGAAGCGAGAGAGGCAUUCAGAGAAGUGGUCGGUGGGUCGAUCAGAUCGAUCGUGUGAGUCUAGAGAGAGAGAGCAAUGGUUGACAAAAAGAGGGACAACUCGCCCAACAGCGAGCAUAAGCGAGGAGCGAACCUGCUCGCACCCAUCACACCAGAGUCCGGGAAGAAGAGUAGUCGCUAUCGAGGCGUGCGAAUGCGGGCCUGGGGAAAAUGGGUGUCGGAGAUCCGGGAGCCGAACAAGAGGUCUCGCAUCUGGCUCGGAUCGUUCCCCACCCCCGAGAUGGCGGCCAGAGCUUACGACGCGGCGCUUCUGUGCCUGCGAGGGCCGAAUGCGGCCUUCAACUUCCCCAAAGAGUCCUCCUCGCUCCUGUCAAUUCUCGUGUCCGCCACCGAUGUAGAAGAGCCCAAUUUCUCCAAGGGCGAGCGCCUCAAACUGUCGCACAAGGACAUUCAAGCCGCCGCCGCUGCCGCGGCCUCCACCUUCGCCCCCGAUCCAUCUUACAGCGUCAAGGAGGAGGAGGACACCGUCGUCAUCAGCAGCUCCAACUCGCACGAUGACAUGGAAAAACCCACAUCCUCGCUCGAAGCCGCCGACAACGACCAUAGCUGGGAUUCGCAGAACGCCAGCUCGCCCGAUGCCAAUUGCGCCGAUUCGCAGCGCGAAGCAAUUGCGAGCUGGCUGGCCAGCAAAUCCCGCCAGCAGAAGCAGCAACGCGAAGAGGCGCUGGCUGGUGUGGCCAGGGCAGGGGCGACGCACGACGGGGCCAUGGGGCAAGGCAGGGAUUGGAGAAGCAUAGGAGGAUUAGAGGAGGAUCACUGUAGACCAGGUUUCGUCGAGGAGAUGGCGCAUGCAAUGCUGGUGAGAUUGGACCCGGCCGCCAACGAUUACGCCAUGCCGCAGAGCACGAGUUUUCUCUGCGACGACGAUUCCUCGGACGAGCUUCUCUGGGAGGACAACCUUUGGAAUUUCUUAUAGAAUGAGCACGCCAGCUUAGCACACACAGUUCACAAUUCGACCCCCGCUGCGCAUGCGAGCCCCCAAGCUGGUCUGGUGCACCAUCAUCGGCCGCCCGAGUCGACAGAGCCGCAACAUUGCUUCGGACGAUGACAUCCACCUCGCAGACGGAGGGCGGCCCGUCAGAUUUCUCAGCCCUCAUCCUCGACCACGACAACCGCGCACCACCACCACCACCACUAUACAGGACAUAGCUUGGGUCUCCAUUGGACUCUAGAUUGCUAACCUAGGUCACAGAAGGAGCGCGUCAGGGCAGGGCAAGGCAAGGCAAGGCAGGGCAGGGCAGACAGAGCGCUUCGAGCUUUACCAUCGCCAUGGCGGUCUUGGAGGGCGAGAAUUUCAACCCGUGCAGAGCCCUAAGGAUUCGAACAAGGGGAGUCAAAAGGGUGGAACGAAUUGUCCAAGAGGCAGACCAGAUUCCACCCGAGUACCUUCACAGCGCUUCUGGUGGAAGGGAGUAGGGAAUCGGGCAGAAGAUAGAUGAAUCCAAUACUGCCGUCACGAGCCGGUGUCAUGGCAAGUGGAGCAUCGGCGUUACAUGAUUCUGAAGACUGUUUCAUUCAUUUUAAGAGUAUAGAUGGAGGCAAUUUUGGAUCAGCAGCAGCAGCAGCAGUAGCAGCAAUUCUACAGUGGAAAACAUGAAGUUUCUGACACAUUACUACAUUCUGGGUUGAAAACCCACAGGGAGCAGAAGUUGAGGUACAUAAUGUCUAGUUUGUGUCCUUUCUUCGAUACAAAGACAUUCGGUGCAGACCAAGUUGAUUCAAACGCACGAGUUACUAAGAUAAGGACCAGCAGCAGUUUUGUAGCAUAGAAACGGCACUUAGGUCAGUCUCAUGAGCUUCCAGUUGGCGAAAGAUGAGGUUGACAAUUGUCAUCGACACUUACGAGAGCAAAAUCAUUGAAACGAGGGCUUCUGCUCGGUCAGCAACUCCGAGCAGGGCUCACGAUUUUGUAUUUAUUUCGGACCUUCAGUUGUGUAAAUUGAAGAGAUUAUGCUGAGCAAUUUUUUCCCCCGAUACUCUACUUGCACAUCUGUUUGUGUGGCUGCCUUUUGUGUUUCUUGGCCCUUUUCGGCUUGAGUUGUUAUCCUGUUCUCUCUCUCUAUCUUCUCGGAAUAAUCGGGAUAACCUGAUCAAUCAUCGGCUCUUUGGUCAGACUGAUCCUUGCCCUCUUGCCCUUGAAUAUCCAUCCGAGCUUUUCCAGUGAACCUGGGCUGGAUCCUUUUUCAGCCCAACCCGAGUCGUUGAGAGCAGCAUUCAUGAGAGAGAUUCAGGCACAGCCCCACUCAAGCAGGCAGCACGUGUGCCUCCCCAGCGACCCUUAGCUCUCACUGCGUAUCUUGAGCCACACAGCGCUCGAUUCUCACGGAGCAUGAUGGUUGCUGAGGCGAAUUCGUCAAUGAAGGAUAUGUCAACCUCGCUUAGCUAGC